GGAGAUAACUGGGAGCUUGUCUCUCAAUCAAAAACGGGCAGUUCUGUAGAAUGGAAUGUCAAAGUGACAAACGCAAAAACAAACGAAAAAAAGCUGGAGGGAUAUCUGAAAGAGGUUAAAGAGGGGCUACAAUGUGAAGCGAAAGAUAUCAAGUCCAAAGAGAACGGAGACGGCAAAAAGAGUAAAACGGACGGCAACGGAGAGGGCGAAAAGAAGAGCGGCAAUGGAGACGCGAAAAAGGAGGUGGUUGUAAAGAAGGACGAUGCAAAUGCAGGAAAGGAGAAAAGCGGCGGAGGUGGACCAAACUACAAUGAUGCCUUUAAACACUCUGCGGCUUUGGCGGGUCCUACAAAAGGUCCAUAUGCUACAGUGCACCCGGACUGGCUUAACCAAGUAAUGAACACGCAAUAUAUGAUCAUGAAAGCUGUGCCUCACUUGUUCAGCGACGAUAAUCCCUUUGCCUGCUCUAUCUUGUGAAAAAUUCACCGGCCGCCCUUUAUAUCUGCAUCUGCUUUACCUAAAUAAACAGAUUAAAUUUUCAACUUUUCUUUGCUUUCUUCUCAUCUUUAAUUACCAUCGACCAGGAUUAAUUGCCACAUUACCACUUACUCCCCGUAUUAUAUACUACGUAUGCAUGUCUUCUUAGUUCUUAAUCACAUUGUUGGAUUGGUAUUUCAUUAGUCCAAUA